AUGUCAAGUCCUAGGAAUACCUUCUACCCAACACCCGCAUAUACACCACCUCACCACUCCAAUAUCCCACUUACGGUAUUGGUUUCUUCCAGGGCUGUCAUUUUCGACCAGGAAAACAAUCUGGUAGUUUCGCCAGCAACUAUCACCAUCUCACCUCAAACCGGGACCAUCAUAUCCAUUCUUCCAACCGUACUUCCAGCCUCGAGUUUCCCAGCUGACACGGCCUAUAUCGACCAUACACCUCAUUUACUCCUACCAGGACUGGUCGAUGCUCAUGUUCAUUUGAAUGAGCCCGGACGAACAGAAUGGGAGGGAUUCAAUACUGGAACGAGAGCUGCUGCAUCUGGUGGUGUGACUACUGUCAUUGAUAUGCCACUGAAUGCAAUUCCUCCAACUACUACUGUCGAUGGCUUAAAGGAGAAAAUCAAAGCAGCUCAAGGAAAGUGCUGGGUUGAUGUUGGUUUCUAUGGUGGAAUUAUCCCCGGAAACUCUGAAGAGCUUCUUCCACUAGUCGAGGCUGGUGUCAGGGGUUUCAAGGGAUUCUUGAUUGAAAGCGGAGUCGACGAAUUUCCCGCGGUCUCCUCAUCAGAUGUUGCCCUUGCAAUGAAAACUCUCGCCAACUCGGCAACAACUCUCAUGUUCCACGCUGAAAUGAUCCCACCCAUCACUGACUCCGUAGGCGACGAUGUCCAAACUUCCCUCCCUCCAUUACAACCUUCAGGACCCCUCACAUCCUACAACACAUUCCUCUACUCUAGGCCCCCCGCAUUCGAAACCUACGCUAUCGAAGAGAUCCUCUCCCUCGCUCACCUCGCUCCCAAUCUCCCACUUCACAUAGUCCACCUCUCCGCUCUAGAAGGCGUCCCUAUCCUCCGCGCAGCACGAGACCGCGGUAUCAAAAUCACAGCCGAGACAUGCUUCCACUACCUCGCUCUCGCAUCAGAAGACGUCCAGGACGGCGACACCCGCCAUAAAUGCUGUCCACCCAUCCGCAACGCCGUCAACCGCGACGGUCUCUGGGACGAACUCUCCCAACCAGACUCAGUCCUCCAAACCAUCGUCAGCGACCACAGCCCCUGCACGCCAGAACUCAAACUCCUGCCAGAGCAUCUCGGUCACGGGUGUGGUUCCGGCGCCGGGCAGGGCCACAAAGGCGUGAAUGGUGAGAUGCUGACAGCGGAGGAAGCAGAGGAGAAGGAACGCGGCGAUUUCUUCGCGUCCUGGGGAGGAAUUUCAUCCGUUGGUCUUGGCCUCCCAAUUCUCUGGACGGAAGCCACAGCGCGGGCACCGACUUCCAAAUCCCCCAUCACGAUCCUCGACGUCGUGAGAUUGUGCUCGCUUAAUACCGCCAAGCAGGUUGGGUUGAGCCAUAAGAAGGGGGCGCUGAGGCCGGGCAUGGAUGCGGAUAUUUGUGUUUUUGAUGAUGAGGGGACGUUUGUGGUGGGUAGGGAGCAGAUGUUGUUUAGGAAUAAGGUCAGUCCGUAUCAGGGGAGGAGGAUGAAGGGCGUGGUGAAGCAGACUUGGGUUAGAGGGAGUUUGGUGUUUGAGAGGGGGGCGGAGAAUGAUGGGUUUGUAGGAAAGGGGGGUGUGCCUGUUGGGGAGCUGUUGUUGGAGAAGAGGACGGUGUAG